AUGGGCAAAAAGCAAGAGCUUAUCAAUGAGCGUGGUGUGGUGGAUCGAAAGUUAACUAAGUCUGAAAGGCAGAGAUUUAAAGAAGAGGCUGAAAUGUUAAAGGGUCUUCAGCAUCCCAAUAUUGUCCGGUUCUAUGAUUCCUGGGAAUCCACAGUGAAAGGGAAGAAGUGCAUUGUUUUGGUAACGGAGCUCAUGACAUCUGGUACCCUUAAAACGUACCUGAAGAGGUUUAAAGUGAUGAAGAUCAAAGUCUUAAGAAGCUGGUGUCGGCAGAUCCUAAAAGGACUUCAGUUUCUACACACUCGCACGCCACCUAUUAUUCACCGAGACCUUAAGUGUGACAACAUCUUUAUCACAGGUCCUACCGGCUCCGUGAAGAUCGGAGACCUGGGCCUGGCGACCCUGAAGCGGGCUUCUUUUGCCAAGAGCGUGAUAGGUACUCCAGAGUUCAUGGCUCCUGAAAUGUAUGAGGAGAAAUAUGACGAGUCCGUUGAUGUUUAUGCUUUUGGGAUGUGCAUGCUUGAGAUGGCCACCUCUGAAUACCCGUACUCGGAGUGCCAGAACGCAGCGCAGAUCUACCGCCGCGUGACCAGUGGGGUGAAGCCGGCAAGUUUUGACAAAGUAGCAAUUCCUGAAGUGAAAGAAAUCAUUGAAGGUUGCAUAAGACAAAACAAAGAUGAAAGAUAUUCCAUCAAAGAUCUUUUGAACCAUGCCUUCUUCCAGGAGGAAACAGGGGUACGGGUAGAAUUAGCUGAAGAAGACGAUGGAGAAAAGAUAGCUAUUAAGUUAUGGCUGCGUAUUGAAGAUAUUAAGAAAUUAAAGGGGAAGUACAAAGACAAUGAAGCUAUUGAAUUCUCCUUUGACUUGGAGAGAGAUGUGCCAGAAGAUGUUGCUCAAGAAAUGGUAGAGUCUGGGUAUGUCUGUGAAGGUGAUCAUAAGACCAUGGCUAAAGCUAUCAAAGACAGAGUGUCGUUGAUUAAGAGGAAACGAGAGCAGCGGCAGCAGGUGCGGGAGGAGCAGGAGAAACGAAGACAGGAAGAGAAUGGUCUCCGGCAGCAGGUGGAGCAGCAGUCGAGUGCUUCCCAGACCAGCGCCCAGCAGACCCCUCCUGCUGGCACCGGCGCACCUACGGCCCCCACCACCUCUGCGUCCGUGUCGACGCAAGUAGAGCCUGAAGAACCCGAGGCAGACCAGCAUCAACAACUACAGUAUCCACAGCCCGGUGUAUCUGUGCUGUCGGAUGGGACCAUUGACAGUGGUCAGGGAUCGUCCAUCUUCACGGAAUCUCGAGUGAGCAGCCAGCAGACAGUGUCAUUUGGCUCCCAGCAUGAGCAGGCACACUCAGCAGGUGCAGUUCCAGGGCACACAGCUUCUCCUGUGCAAGCACAGUCACAGACCCACGGGGUCUAUCCACCCACAAGCAUGCCUCGUCGUGGCCAUAGCAUGUCGCUUUGUGUUCCCAUCUCUGUGCUGUUCCUUCUCUGUCCUGCGUCCCUCCCAGCGUUCUUCCCCCCCACCAUCAGUGCUAGCUGCGCCUCCUUCUCCUCCCCUCCUUCGGACUGCCCUGAGGAAAGUUUUGCCGAAAAGCUCUCUAGAGCCCUGGAGAGUGUCCUGCCCAUGCACUCUGCCUCUCAGCGCAAGCACCGACGCUCCAGCCUGCCCUCCCUCUUUGUCACUACUCCUCAGUCCGUGGCGCAUCCGUGUGGGGGGACCCCAACAUACCCAGAGUCACAGAUAUUUUUCCCAACUAUUCAUGAACGUCCAGUUUCUUUUUCACCACCUCCCACCUCUUCACCGAAAGUAGCCAUUUCCCAGCGGCGUAAGAGCACCUCCUUCCUGGAAGCCCAAACUCGCCACUUCCAGCCCCUGCUGAGGACAGCUGGCCAGACUCUCCUUCCACCUGGUGGCAGCCCGCCUAACUGGACACCAGAGGCUGUGGUUAUGUUGGGUGCCGCAGCCGGCAGAGUCCCUGGAGAGCUGUGUGAGUUACAGGUCGUCCCCGCCUUUGAGCCAGCUCCAGCAUACAGUGACUACAGACCAGGCCUGGUGCUACCAGAAGAUGCUCACUAUUUCAUUCCUCAGGAAACAGUGUAUCUAGCCGGGGUCCAUUAUCAGGCCCAGAUGGCAGAACAGUAUGAGGGCUUCUCCUACAGCUCACCAGUGCUUUCAACUCCUGUGAAACAGAUUCCCGAGCAGAAGCCAGUGCAAGGGGGGCCCACCCUAAAUUCCGUCUUUGACUUUCCAUCGGGGCAGGCUUUCCUGGUAGGACACGUUCAGAAUUUGAGGUUAGAGUCUGCGUUGAACUCAGCAUCUCCCCUCUCUAGUUCUUCUGCACCUAACAGCACAGACGCUGCACGUCUAAAAUUCCACCCUGUCUUUAUUCCUCAUUCUGCACCAGCUGUGCUCACUCAGAGCUCUGAGGGCAGAAGCAACUGUGUAUUCGAAUUUCACGCCCAAACACCAAGCUCCUCUUCGGGAGAAGGAGGUGGGAUUUUACCUCAACGUGUCUACCAAAAUUUCCAGGCUGCAGUGGACUCGGGACAGGAAGACACACCUUCUCAGUCGGUGGGGUCACACAGCCACCUGCAGCCCGGGACCGAGCAGCGGGGCCACCCUGUCCCCGAGCUGACCAUUUCUAUGGAAGAGCCUACUGGACAGAACUGGCCGAUAGGGAGCCCAGAAUACUCCAGUGACUCUUCACAAAUCACUUCUUCAGACCCCAGUGAUUUUCAGUCACCUCCCCCUACAGGAGGGGCUGCUGCACCUUUGGGCUCGGACGUCUCAUUAUCCUUUAUCCGUCUGCCUCAGACAAUGUUUCAGGAGCCCCCGCUUCUCUUCUGUUUCCCCCAAGGAACCACAUCGCAGCAGGUCUUUCCUGCCUCGUUUCCCUCAGGAGGAUCUGCACCCCACCCACAGGCACAGGGACAGAGCCAGAGCCAGCCGUCCUCAAGUGGCUUGACAGGGGCUCCAUCUUCCCAAACCACCCAGCAUCCUCCUCAGGGAGUUCAGCAGACAGCCCCUCCUCAGCAGGCUGUGCAGUAUACACUUGCGCAUGUGGUCCCCUCCAGCGAUGCUGCUCCCGCCCAGCCCACGGGUCAGCCUCCAGCUCCAGCGUCCGCUGGAAAACAG